AAUUUGCUCGCGUGAAUACCCCUAAAAAUAAACGGGAAGGGAGAAGUUUUAAUUCGGCGUUUGCAGUUUGUUUCGGCUCAAAUCUUUUGAACUUUCGUUGCGAACUAGUAGGGUUCAUAUAGUUAUUCAUUUAUUUAUUUUCGUUAGUUUUGAUUUCCUAGUGUGUAAAUUGGAGUGAGUGCAGUAGAGUUAUCUCAAGAAUAUUUGGGAGGAAAAUGGAAAGGGAUUUGUUGAAUUCGGUGUUUUUUUGGUUGAUAAGAUUGUCCAGUACCUUCGAUUGUUUAUUAUCCAUUUUACUCAUGAGUCAAGAGGAGCAGAAAUUCUUCCACCCACCAGUAUUUUUUCUGAUAAAAGUGGGAGUUUCUAAAUUUUUUUUACUAACCUUAGCUUUUUGCUAUUAUCUAAGAUAUCGUGGGAGGACAUUUUUCGCGGUUUAUUUUUACCUUCUAGCUCUUUAAGUUAAACUUAUCUCUUGAAUUGUAUCCACAAAAUUGUGUAAUAGCUUACGGAAUAGCAAGGCAUUACGUUCCCUCUUGUGUGAUGGGCUUAGGUGCAGCAUUGGUUAUAACCAGUGAAAGGCUGAAUUUGGAAUAGGUUCCAUCAAAUUGGGUGUUGAUCACAAUUAUUGAUUGAUUAGAAAAUUGGGUCCUUGCUGUAAGGAAGUUGCAGAAUGUUGCAUGUGGGGAAUUUUGAAUUCUGUGUUUAGUAAUGUUUUCUGCUCAGAGUUUUCUACAUCCAUUUCAAAAUAGCAGGGCUCUGUUUCUUUGUUGCGUUCUUAAUUUCUUGAAGUGUCAAUUGGAGGAUGUCAUGAGCCGUGAACUCUGGAGAAGUGAGAAUGGAAAGGGAUCUGUUGACUUUGUUUGUUAGUAUACUGUACAGUCAAGCUAUGCGCUCUUUUGUGAGAUGGACAGAGGUAACUUUAGAUGUUGAAGAUUUUUACAACCAAUGUGACCCCGAGAAGGAGAAUUUGUGCUUGUAUGGACUUCCUAGUGAGCAGUGGGAAGUGAACCUACCUGCUGAAGAAGUUCCUCCAGAACUUCCGGAGCCUGUUCUGGGAAUUAAUUUUGCCAGGGAUGGCAUGCAAGAAAAAGACUGGUUGUCUUUAGUAGCAGUUCAUAGUGAUACAUGGUUACUUUCUGUGGCUUUCUAUUUUGGAGCCAGAUUUGGGUUUGAUAGAGCUGACAGGAAACGACUUUUCAAUAUGAUCAAUGAUAUGCCAACAAUUUUUGAAGUUGUUACUGGUGCAGCAAAGAAAGAAGUGAAGGAGAAGUCUUCAAAUCAAAGUGGCAGCAAAUCUAAGUCUGGCUCUAAGAGAUCUUUAGAAAGUCAGGGAAGACAAUCGAAGGCAUUGCAACCAAAAGAUGAAGACGAAGUUCCAGACGAGGAAGUUGAAGAUGAUGAACACGGGGAUACCUUGUGCGGGGCCUGUGGCGAGAAUUACGGUACCGAUGAGUUCUGGAUUUGCUGUGACAUCUGUGAGAACUGGUUCCAUGGAAAAUGUGUGAAGAUUACCCCCGCCAGGGCAGAGCAUAUCAAGCAGUACAAAUGCCCAUCAUGCAGUAACAAGAGAGCUCGGUGUUGAUAGCCACGUUCUCAUUGGAAAGCAUUGCUAUCUUUUCUUGGUCUGGUUGAUCUACUUUUUCAUAUGUAGUCCAUGGAUAGGUUCAUAUUUACCCGUGUAGUUUCUUCUCUCUCUUUUCUCUGUUUUUUUUUUUUUUAUCCUCCUUUUUUCCAGACUAGGAAUUUCCCGGUGAUGAUUUAGGUUCAUCUAUGUCAUUCAGAAAAAGUCAGAAAUUUUAAAAUAAUUCAAAGCCAGCGGAAUACUGUGUUCUGUUCAAUUA